AUAUGUCUUGUUUGUUAAUAAUUUCACCUGUCGAAUGUGAAAUGUUUAUCAAAUGGAUAGGUCUGUCAUGUAUGGACAUUGAAAUUAUGUAUUUUCACUGCACCAAUACAACAAUUUCAAUUAAUCUGAAUGGCACGGGCCAGCGGCUGGUUGAAACGUUCUAAAUGUGACGUACAGAUAGUCUCGGUCUCACUGGUUGUCUGGCGUGUGAGCUCCAGCUGAAUGCGCUCGCUGCAUGCCUUAUUGUUCUGUGCGUAAUUGGGCCAGAACAGGUAAUCAGCGGUCCCACUGUGCAGACAGGGAACAGACGUAUCUGUUUACUCACUGAGCAUAUUAUAAUAAUGCAGGAAAUACGAAACUCCGGUGGCACCGCAGGCAGACGUGUGCAGUUGUCUGCAGCUAUACGCCUGUAUGGAUGGAGACACCGACCAAAUUGAUGGUUGAAAAUACACUUGUGAAGGACGCAAAACAAUUCAAUGCCGAUGCAGUGUUAUCAUGUCAUGCAUGAGUCUUUUAACGACAUUUCUUCAUUCUACAAAAUGCUAUAGCCUAUACUAUAAACCAGUGAUGGGCUAUUCUGUGACGUGACUAUUUGGUCACAUCCACGUCCAUACUUUGCCUACUAUUCUCUGAUUCUCAUUCUCGUUCAUGUGCAAUCGAUGACGGUAAUAUAUGGAUCCUGUACCAUUAUCAAGCACAUUCUACAUGUCUCAUGAUGACGAACGUGUGGCACGGUCCAUAGCAACCCUGACUGACUGGCACCCUGGUGCUGCAUACCGCGUUUCCUCUUUCUGUCCUGUACUGCAGCUAGGGAUAGGGAGGGAUUAAGUAACACAUUGAUAAAGCAGUGUAUCACUUAUCCUGAUUGAUAUGGGUUGUAAUUCCCCCAGUAGAGAUACAGGCUGAUCCGUGAGAUGGAGCUGCCUGGAGAGCAGUUGGUUCUGGAGGCGGACCAAUCAUAGCCCCCCGAGCGGCAGCAAACUGAGGAGGAGUUUCCUCUAGCCUAGGCACCUGUCCCUGAAAGGUCCCCACAACACCUGGCAGACGGGAGAGGGCGUGUGCGCAUGCUUCACCCCCAGCUAGAACUCUCUUAAAGUUGACCACACAUUGUCAACCAAUAGUCUUCUAAUCUUUUCAGGAAUAAAACAGCAGCACCGCAUCCCAGGAACAGAGGAGCAGAUUGCUGUUGGAUCGCCAGUGAUUGCUGUUGGAUCGCCAGUGAUUUUGGAUAUUAGCAAAGGUCGAACAAGGAGAGUGAAAAUGCCUCGGUCCUUCUUGGUGAAAAGUAAAAGGGCGCACAGCUACCACAAGCCCCGCUCCUUAGAAGAUGACUACAAUCGACUGGAUACUAUCUUAGCUCAUAUAUGUGCAGAGAAUAGUACGAUUCCAGAGGACUUGGAUGCCUUGACUGGCGGCGAUGCCAUCGCCGGGCUCUACCCGGACUCUCACCUGGCUGACACGGCUGAUUUCUCCAAGUCCCCGCUCAGCUGUGGGGACAGUGUGUGCGGUCCAGUCUCGGAUUAUGAAGACUUCUGGCGGCCUCCGUCGCCCUCAGCAUCACCAGUAGAUUCUGAUAAAUCCCUGUCUCCCUCCGUGGACGAGACACAACCCUUUGCUGUUCCAUUCCGGCCCUAUGCGUGGAACAGUUACUCUGGUUCUGACAUUCGGCACCUGGUCCAGCAAAGUCUCCACCACCAGCACCACCAUCCCAUGGACCUGGACCGGAGCCCGGCUCUGGGUUACCAUGGUGACCGGGCCAUGGAACCGACCCUCUUCGAGGGAAGCACUGGACCUGAAAAUUACAGUGAUUACAGGGCCGCUGCCUGUUUGUUCGAUAGAGCCACCGCCCCCGGGGUUGGGUUGUACUCGGAAGGGAACCUGCAGGGGAAAAGCUCAGAAAUCAAGGCGGAGUCUGACCUUCUCUGCUCACGGCUAAUUCUGAAUGGUGCCUACAAGUGCAUCAAAUGCAGCAAGGUGUUUUCGACUCCCCAUGGGUUGGAGGUUCACGUUCGCAGAUCACACAGUGGCACGAGGCCCUAUGGUUGUGAUAUAUGUGGCAAAACCUUCGGACAUGCUGUCAGCCUCGAGCAACAUAAAGUUGUGCACUCUCAGGAAAGAAGUUUUGAUUGCAAAAUCUGUGGUAAAAGCUUCAAACGGUCGUCGACUCUCUCCACGCACCUCCUCAUCCACUCUGAUACACGGCCUUACCCAUGCCAGUAUUGCGGGAAGAGGUUCCACCAGAAAUCAGACAUGAAGAAACACACAUUCAUCCACACAGGUGAGAAGCCGCACAAAUGCCAGGUGUGUGGGAAAGCGUUCAGCCAGAGCUCCAACCUCAUAACGCACAGCCGGAAACACACGGGCUUCAAACCGUUCGGAUGCGACCUCUGCGGCAAGGGAUUCCAGAGAAAAGUCGACUUAAGAAGGCACAAAGAAACCCAGCAUGGACUAAAAGCCUUAAACUAAAAUCAAAUAAUGGACACCAAACACUAUUCAACAAACCACUUUUUUGGAAACCAGAAAUAAGCUAGUUAUCCAUUCCUCAAACAUGUUAGACUAUGACAUACUGGUGGAGUAUUGCAGAGGCUUUUGUGCAGUGUAGGUUAAGACAAAACCGGUUUGAACCAGGGAGGGACAUUAUCUGAACCCAAAAUAUUAGUACAAAAUAACCGGAUAGGCAAUAUAACCACCAAGAAAGCGCAAAAACAAAAACAACAGACGAACAAUUUCCAACGGACAGUUUGGAAAACAGCCCUUGUCUAAAGAAUGUCACUUUGUUUUCAGUUGGACGCCAUGGAUGCUGGCACAACAGUCACUACAACAAGGCUAUGUGAUUUAAUAAACAAAAGGGUUGUGCUUUUAUUUUAUAAACCAGAAAUGUUUUCAUUUUUUCAUUUUCGUUCUUCCAAUUCAAAUUGCACAUUUGUAUUUUAUAUCAACCAGACUGUAUAUCCAGAUGUCGUUUACUAUAAUGCUAAACCUUAUUUAUUGAUCAGAUUAUCAUUUGAAUAAAAUAU